AUGGCUUUUGUUUUUUGCUGUUUCUUGCAAUUUCUGCUCUCUCAGGAUACACAUGCAGCUCAGCGUUUCUGUUUGCCAGGGUGUACCUGCUCAGAGGAGAGUUUUGGCAGGAGUCUUCAGUGCCUGUCUGUGUCUUUGGGAAAGAUUCCAGACAACUUUCCCGAAGAACUCAAGCAAGUGAGAAUUGAAAACUCACCCUUAUUUGAACUUCCCCAGGGGGUUUUCACCAACAUGAGAACUUUGCAAUACCUUUGGCUCAACUUUAACAAUGUCACUGUAAUCCACCUAGGCGCCCUGGACGAUCUGCCUGAGCUGAGAGAGCUGAGACUGGAGGGGAAUAGGCUCCGUUCAGUACCAUGGACAGCGUUCCGCUCCACACCGCUCCUGCGGGUCUUGGAUCUCAAACACAACCAGAUUGACGCACUUCCUGAACUGGCUCUUCAGUUCCUAGCCAAUCUGACAUACCUUGACAUAUCCUCCAAUAGGCUGACAGUUGUAGCCAAGGGUGUCUUCCUAAACUGGCCAGCCUAUCAGAAACAGCAGCAGCAUGGUUGUGGAGCUGAGAUUCUUUCCAACAUGGUGCUGUCAUUGCACAAUAAUCCCUGGGAAUGUGACUGCCGUUUAAGGGGGCUUGUUGAGUUUGUCAAGUCCAUCGGUUCUCCGUUCAUUCUGGUGAAUUCUUACCUGAUAUGCCAGAGUCCUGUCUCUAAAGCAGGACAGCUUUUACAUGAGACUGAGCUUGGUGUUUGUAUGAAGCCAAAUAUCUCAACCCCUAGCGCAAAUGUCACUAUCCAGAUAGGAAAGAAUGUGACCCUGCAAUGCUUGGCACAAGCCAGUCCUUCACCAACCAUUGCAUGGAAGUAUCCCCUGAGCACAUGGAGAGUAUUUGAUGUGUUGGUCUCAUCAAUUGCAGAAGAUACUGUUUUGUCCCAGCUUGUCAUCCCAGCAGCUCACCUGAUGGAUAGUGGUAAUUAUACUUGUAUGGCUUUCAACUCCAUUGGAAGACGCUCCCUUGUCAUCAGACUCUACAUCGAGCCUGCCCAGGCCAUGCCUGGAUGGCAUUCUCCUUCCACCUCCUCAGAGCUCAGUGCCUAUGUUGACCUACGGGUUGUCAAGCAGACAGUGCAUGGCAUCUUGCUGGAGUGGCUCACCGUGACCAGCCUCCCAGAGGAGCAGUGGUUAACUCUCUACAUUAAAUCUGAUGAAGCUCUCAGGAAGAAGGUGGUCCAUAUAGGCCCUGGAAUCAACUCAUAUGCUGUGGAUAAUCUCCUCCCUGCUACAGAAUAUAAAGCAUGCCUCAGCCUGAGGAGUCAGCCUCCCAGCCAGGGCCAGUGUGUGGUCUUUGUGACAGGAAAAGACAGUGGUGGGCUGGAGAGUCGUGAGCACCUCUUGCAUGUCACUGUGGUCUUGUGUGCUGUGCUCCUGGCACUGCCCGUUGGUGUUUAUGUCUGGGCAUCUCAGGGCCCAUACAACUGUCAUGAGUGGUGUUUGUGCUGUAGCCCUCUUUACAAGAAAACCCUACGAUGCCCCCAAGCAGCACCACAGUGCAAGGAUAGCUUUUCCAAAGAUCCUCCAGUUGUCUAUGAGGAUGGUGAGGUUCUCAGAGUAAUGGAGGAUAAUGAGGAGAUAGAAAAGGAGGGUAACAGUUAA